AUGAUCAAAAGCGUCAAGAGGACUUCCGUCGAUGGUAUCGUGAAUGGAGUGGAGGUCAAAAACUUUGUCGACAAUCUUAGCAAUCAGACGAAAAGUCAAAUUACCUUGGCUGGUGUCUCCAUGGCCUUGGACAUCGCCAUCCUUGCUGUUCCAGGUUUAGGCACAACAGUGACCUCACAGACGUUAUGUUCUUGCUCUUUACUUUUCGGUGUUGGCUGCAUUUUUGCUGGCACGAUGGUGCAACAUUUCGGCGAGAGAAUGAGAUCCAUUGACUUUGCGGUAUAUUACCUGCAAAAGAGGACGGCGGUGCUUGUCAUCAUUACAAGCAUACCGACUUCUUUUUGUGUAUUGAGUGUGACAAGCUCCAUCCUCGGAUUCUUCGCAGGUGUUGCUUCAGACUUCAGACCAUCUACACCUCUAAUGAUUGCGUGCUUCACUACGCUCGGUGUUGUGGUAGGUUCUUUAAUUAUAUUGGUGAUUGCUAGUUAUGGUCCUGGCCUGGCCAGGAUACGGCCGCAGUAA